AAACAAUUGUAACCAGUCAAGACUUUCUAAAUCGUUUUUCUUAUGACGUGUAACGAAUGAAAGAACGAUAAUGAUGGAAGAAAAAUGAGUUGCUUGAGAGAUAUUUGUAUUGAUGCCAUUCUCCUAAGUCGAAUUUUUUUUUUUCAUGUGCGUGAAGUACUUGAGUAUCUUGAACAAAACAGUCAUGUGAUAUGAAAACAUCGUAAAGCAAGAUUUGAAACCUUCUAGUGACCUCAAGCCCUUGACCUUCUUGUUCCAUCAGUUAAUAUUCUUAGUUAUACACUUGAAUUUUGCUCAAGCGUUAGUGUUUGUUUGUUCAAGAGAAUGUAAUGUGCUUGAAUGUUAGAAAAGUUUUUUUCUAAUGGUUUAGUCAUUCCCUCGAUGUAAAUGUUAGUAGCUGUCAACUAGUUAACGUUGAUAGUGCAUAAGCAAGCACCAAAAUGAAAAUGUGUAGUUGUCGGUUUUGAGUAGGAGAAGAAGAACUAACACACAUUCACACCCUCAAGAUUACAAUCAGCUCUAACAUGUACAAAUGAUAUUUGAGUAAUUCGAUAUUUACUGGAAAUUCAUUUUAUUCGUCAAAUAACUAUUAGGGUGUGGGUGUGUGUGUGGGUGGGAGUAUGAUUCUUCUAUUUAUCUACAUCCACACCCACACUCAAACACCCAUACCAACAUCCACCCACGCCCACCCACACCCACACUCACCCACACCCACACUCACCCACACCCACACCCAACACCAGAGAUGUCCAUGGCGGCGGCGCCACCGCCACGGCGUUAGCGUCGCAGCGGCGGCAGCUUUUUUUGAAAAAUCGUCGCGGUGUAUCAGCGGCGCGGCAGAGUUUUCUAAAAUGCUGUUGCAGCGCAUCAGCGGUGCGGGAGAGAUUUUUGCCAUGUCGUCGCGGUAGCGCCGCGUCGGCGGCAGUUUUUUUAUGAAGAAUUUUUAAAAAUUCAUAAAUCUUCGUAGAAUCUUCACGUUCAUGUAUGCUAUAGUGUAAGACUGAUUGAUUAGCAGCAGCAGUUCCAGUUGAGAUCAGUCACAGCCUUGAAAAUUAAAACAUUUUUAUAAAUAACGUCGCGGCGGCGGCAAGCUAUUUUUAUAGCGCGUUGCGGUACAUCGUUUCUAUAGUUUGCCGCGUCGCGGCAGCAGUGCGUUAGCUUUUCUCUACAGUUCGUCGCGUCGCGGCAGCGCCGCCAUAGCUUUUUCUAAAAUUUGACGCGUCACGGCAGCGGCAGAUUCUCCGCCGUGAUGGAUAUCUCUGCCCCACACCCUUCCUAAAAAAGAUCUGGAUCUCUAUACCUUAUAUGCCCAAAAAGAUUUUAAUCGUUACCUCAGACCGUUUUCAGCAAUGAUACGUCUAACUACAUUGAUUAUCAGAACCGAAAAUUUUUGUUUUUCAAAAAAAUGGUAGCAAUUCGGCGGAUUCACCUAUUAGAAUUUUGUUUAUGAAAUAUGAAAAGAAAUGAAUUUAUUCUCAGAGCUCUCGAUGAGUUUUACAAGUAGGAUAGGCCAAAAUUUGGUAGACAGUGAUAGGAAAAAAAGUGUCUGCCAAAUUUUAGGCCUCCUCAUUCUUGAAAAUCAUGGAGGGACCUUGUUGGGCGCUAGAAUACGCCAACCCCUCCCGCAUCGUGAGUCAUGAUUGUUCUAGUUGAUAAUAUGUGGUUUAAAAAGAUGGAACUAAAGUUGAACAACAAGGACGUGUCGAAUAAAAAUGAGAAUGUACUGUUCAAAUGAAAACUAAUCAAAAGAAUAAUACUAAAUCUCACAUUACAAUCAUUUAGAGUGAUAAAUAAAGUAUUAAACUUAUUUUAUGUAAUUGAAUACAUCAACGAUAGAACUUAAUCUUGAAGAAUACUAUUUAUUCAAAUUGUCUAUACGAUAUAGAAAAGCAGAAAAACAACAAUGGUUGACAGUUUUUAAUUUAUGUACUUUCUGAAAAGGUUAAAAAGUAAUGCUGGAUAAAACCGUAGGUUUAUACUACAUUGCGAGGAAAAAAGACACUUUUUCGAUUUUGUUAGUCUAGUUAUCAAAGAUGUUCACAGAGUGAUAUUUUCACACCUUACUCUGUCUUGUCCAGUGGCGGCGGAGCCUGUAGUCCCGGUGAGUAUUGAGCCUCACUUGAGGGUAUAGGUGUCGUUGAGUGGAUGUUGGUGGGGCUGUGGCGAUGGGAGUGUGGAUGCGGAUGUGAUACUCUUCAAUGACACACCCACACCCUCUGCAACUUUGUAUAGGAAAAUGUCUUUGAAAUUUCGAACUGCAAUUAGGCAGCUAUUCUAAGAGAUUGAUAACACGCGAUAAAGUCUUCUUACAAUGUAUAAAAAAAAUAAAAUCAUACUUAUUAAAAAUUACAUAUAACGGUAUUUUUUAACUCUUAGAAAAUGACUCCUGAAAAUUGAAUGGAACAAUUCACUCAUUGACGACUCUCAAAAUUAGAGUAUCAGGGUUCUUAAGUGAUCAAUAAUGAAUUUUGUAAAGCUCUUCUCUUUAUUUCAAUUAUGACGUUUUAUUUUUCAUAUAAUUAUUGUUUAGUAUGAAAUGAAAGUUUCCAAAUAAUUUUCAUAUAAACUUAAUAUUUGCGUCGAAUAUACUUCAAGAUUUAUAAAAUGAAUUAUAAAUUUGAACAGAGAUCUUCCUCUAUCAAUGAUUUAGUUAUAGCAAAUACGUUCACAAAGCAAAAAAUCGAAGAGAUGUUCGAUGUGCUUAAAUAUGAUCCAUGACAGGCGAUUAACUCACGAAACAUUGAAACGAAAAUAAAAUUAAUCUGUGAAGGUUUUAUCAAAAGAAUAUCAGCUACAUAACGGAUACAGUUCAACAUGGUAUACUGUACGUUGAAGACUCUUAUUCAUUGGAAUUCAUUCCAGGAAAAAAAAUUCUUCUUUGAACCAUAAAGACAUAAGUAUUGAUUAGUAAAAGUUAAAAGGAGAAACCAUAAACAACGAUAUACAAACAGAUAGAAAUAACAUUAUUUGCUGUUUGUAAGCAAUAAAGUAUAUUACUCUUUUAUUGAACAUUGAAAAGACAAUAACAAGCUCAUCAUGGAAAAAAGUAGAGAGCGAAUGUGUUUUAAUAAAUAUUGAAAUAAAAUACUAAUAUAUGCAAUUGACAUUGAUGUUAACAACAUAUUGACAUUUGUAACUAUAUCUAUUGUGAGAGACUUUGUCCAAGAAACAUGUUCAAUUGACAUUGUCAGUUUCAAAGAAUUUUUAUUCUUCCAUUAGGUUUUUUCUACAGCACAACUUUACGAAUAGCAUUGAGCAACAUACAUGGAUAGAGAGAGAAUGUUGUUUUAUCGUACGAUAGACAAAUUGUAAUCUUCACUGAAGUUCUAAACGACAUUCACUUAUAAUAAAUACAAAAUAAAUUCGUUAUUGAUUAGUUUCAAUCAAAAUUCUUUUGAUAUUUUAGAUACAUGAAAAAUAAAUUUUGAUUUGUAAAGACCAAAAUUAUUAACAGUAUACAGAAGAGUACCAUAUUUGACUACAUUUUACAAAUUAGGCUUCUUCUUUCAUAAUUAAUUGAAAUUCUGUGAUUGAUAUGAACCUAAAAUCAUUUAAAUCUUCUAUGAUAACUUUAAAAUUAUUUAUUUUAACAUAUCUUAUCAAAAGAAAGGUAAGAGAGCGAAUUGUAGUGAUCACAAUGAGUCAUAAAUAGUAUAACAUAUUCAUUUUAAUAAUUAUUAGUUUUCAAAGAGUAAUCAACAUCUUACUGCGGAAAAAUGUAUCAAAGGUUUGAAUAUUUUAAAAUACGUCGAAUAAAUGAAUAAAGUAAAAAAUAAUUAUAGGUCUAUAAGCUCUGAAGUCUAUAGUGACGACAGGUAUUCUAGUAAAUAUUAAAAAAAAUACAAUGGAUUAUGGGAUCAUAUCACAACGAAGGUAUCAUGCAGAGAAACUAGUUUCAGUUUUCAAAAUAAACUCUUUUAGUUACCACUCGAUUCACAUACUAGUAUGUGAUAUAAACUCAAAAUGGUCCAUUUGGUGGAAAGCAAACAGAUAAAAUGAACCAAUAAAUAUGAAUUAGAAAGAAGAAUGGGAAAGGGAAAGAUAAAUGACAUUAACUCAUAUCUUCAAUUUUCUCUUUCUUCAUACGAGUAGAUUAAGAACUCUUUGAAUACAGAAGCAGUCAUAUAUUAUUCUCUUUUUAUUAUUAGUUACAUUGAAAAACCUGUCAAUAGAAAAAGAAAGAGAGAUGACAUCAAAAAAUAUUUUCCUUAUACAACUGGUUGUUGCAUCGGUCAUUGGUGGAAUUUUGAGUAAGUAUUCAGGAAAUUUUUGAUUCUUGUUAUCGAAUUUGAUUUUAUCAGUAAGAGGAUCAUUAUUGCUAAACUUUCGUAUUAUUGAUGAAUUUCGAUUCUAAUUCUUUUGUAUUUCACAGUGGUUGAGUCAAGCAUAUUUUUGGAUGCACUCAUCAGUACAAGACUGUCGGAGUGGCUCUUGUAUAUUUUGAAGAAAGAUAGGAAAAGAAGAAGUCAUUUUCAAGACUUACAGUAUUCAGUGAGAAGCAUUUGUACUGAGAAAUCUCUCUGAAACUGCAUUAUUAUUGAAAUAAUGUGAUUCUAUUUGUAAAGAAAACAUAGCACUUUAACUUUUUUAAAGAUAGGUCAGGAUUGUAUUAAUCUUAACUUUUCAUUUAGUAUUAAAGUAUAAACGGUUUGAAGGUAGGUUUGUAAUUGAUUGAAUCAUAUAUUUAGCUGGCUUGGUUAGACUUUUUCUAACUAUUGAAUUGAAUAAUCAAACAAAUGAAUAGAGUAGUCUUUGUAGAUUGGAAUUUUUUUUCUUCUAUAUAGUGUCAAACAGUCGACCAAAAAUUUGUCCGAAUGCAACAUGGAGUUUGCACGGAAUCACUGUCUUGAACAAGACCUAUAUACUCAGUUCAACUCCAGGUAUUUUUAUCGAUUCUAACGAUACUCUCUAUGUGGCUGUUUAUGACAAGAAGAAAAUCUUAAUAUUGCACAACGAAAAAAUGAAUCCAACAUAUUCCUCGAUGAUUAAUCCAUUUUAUCGAACUAGUCUUUUUGUUGACAACUAUGGUUACAUUUAUUUUGAGAUUGAUCAAGAUAAAGGGAAUAUCAUAAAGUGGCAUAACGAAUCAACGAAAAUCGAUCCUGUGGCAAAAUUUCCAGGAAACUGUUACGGAUUGUUCAUUGACCAUAACAGAACUUUAUACUGUUCUAGUCAUGACCAAAAAAAAGUUUAUAAGCUACCAUUUAACACAACUAACUAUGUACUAGUGGCCGAAUACGGAAACAACUGCAAAGACGACAUUUCAUAUAAGCUUUCUGAACCCUGGGGCAUAUUUCUCGAUACUAAUUUUGACUUGUAUGUAGCUGACAGAGGAACUAACACAAUUCAACGUUUUCAACCAGAACAAACUACAGGAAGACCAGUGGCAGGAUGUGGAAAUUCAAAAUAUCUACCAUUAAAGUUUCCUACAGAUAUCGUGCUAGAUGCCGAUGGCUAUUUAUACAUUGCUGACAGCGGAAAUCAUCGAAUUAUUCGCUCAAAGAACAAUAGCUACCAGUGCAUAGCUGGUUGCAAGAACAAAUCAGGGCAGAGUUCCGACGAAUUAAAUACAGCAUAUGCUCUUCGUUUCGACAGCUAUGGCAAUCUAUUUGUUGCUGAUGAAAACAAUUAUCGGAUACAAAAGUUUACUUUAGAACGAAAGUCCUGUGGUAAUUAUCAUCAAUAAUUAUAGAUAAAAGAGAAGAUCUUAUAAUACCAAUAUCAAUUUGAUCUAUCUUUAAUAAACACAUUUGAAGUGAAGGAAUUAUGAAGGUUCCAAUAGUGUAAAAAUAUUAUUGUUGUCUUCGGUUAUUUAAAUUCCAAAUCUUUAUAGUAGAACUUGAUUGUCAACGUAUGAUUGGAUUCGAAUAACGUGCGUAUCUCGAAAAAGAUAUAUGCAUGAGAGAGUAUGAUGUCUAUUAUUUUUCGACUAAAUAAAAUUAUUAACAAUACUAAGAUGAGUAGUACCAUUAGAUUUAACAAAUUGAACCUUCUGUAGUUUAUUUUGAGAAGUUAUUCAAGAAUAAAUUAAUCAUCCUGUUUUUAAUAUAGCAACAACAGAAACAUCUACACCUACAACAACAUUAGAAACAGCUACUAGAACAGCAUUUACAACGACAUCUGAAACAAUUACUACAACUACAUUUAUAAAUACAUCUACAUCGCCAAAAACAUCUACAGCAACAUCUAUAUCACCAAAGACAUCUGCAGCAACAAUAUUUACAACAACAUCUAUAAAAAUAACAAUGAUUUCAAGUGCAAUAGCUAUAAAACCUGAAUAUACAACGAGGACUUCGUCGACUAGUUAUCCGCAAGGUAAGCAUUGA